AUCUGUCAUUCGCAACUCCAGCAGGGUCCUCAGCUCUUCCACCACCGGGGUCUCAUCUCCUUGUGACGGACACAUUAACGGCGAGCGCAAAUGUACUCCUGUACCACCUGUUCAUGAGCGCCAAUGCCGCAAACGUUCCAGUUCGUCUCCCUCUCUUUCCUCAUGGCCUCACACUUGUCUUCCUAUUGCUCAUACUUGCCCGCCAUUCUCUCCUUGCAUGGCAUCCCUCCCAUGCAUAACGGACCAUGCGUCGCGAGCUCACAUCAGAUCAUUUGGGUCGACCUCCGCAGCGAGACAUUGUCGUCGUUCGACACUGUCCUCCGCCGUCUCGGCUCACCGCUCAAGCGCGUCACAUACAUCGCACCUUCUCCCCUUCCUCCGUCUUUGCACCCUCAGUCCACUCCCAACGCCCCGCAACCACCCCUGUUUUCGCCUGAGCCAACUCUAUCCCCAACUGUCGCAUCCGUGCGGUCCGCCCUUUCCUCAUCCCCCAAAGCUCUCGUCGUUCUGGACGGGCUUUCCGAGCUCCUCGAUAUGGGUUUCUCCGCCAUCUCCAUUUUCCAAGCAAUUCGUGCCGUCCUCGCCGAUGUGCGCACGUCAGGGGGAUGCCUCAUCUCAACGGCGCACGAGAACGAGGAUCUUACGCGGCGGCUAAUCCGCCUCGGGCCGUGGUGGCGCGUAUCGGGGUUGACACCACGCUCAGGCGAGGUCAGCGGCGAGAUCUCGGCUGUCCCAGUCCCCGCCGGUGUGGGGCCAGCAGUGAGCAGGGACAAGGCCGUUCAGUUCCGCCUCGAGCCCGCUGCUGUGCGCGCCUUCCCCAAAGGCACUGGGAGGGGAUAUCUGUAGUCCUAUCUAGCAUCUAGCCGCUUCUAAGCAUCACAUUAUACUACCCCA